AUGAAAACUGUCGGCGUUAUUGCGUCUAUCGUAAUGAUCAUCUCCGUUGUCGCGGCGCUUCCCAAAGCAUACCACGGUCAUCAUGGCCAUGCUCACGCUGCACCAGCCGUUGAGUACACUUUCGAUGCCAAGCUUCCACAAGUCAAAUGCGGCCACAAGCUGCUGAUCGCUUGCAAUCCCCAUCACUCGGUAGUGCCGUGCAAUGCUGCUGCGGCCCAUGCUCCGGCUCCGGCGUACCAUCAUGCUCCGGCUCCAGCUCAUCAUCAUGCUCCUGCUCACUAUCGUUAA